CAUGUGUGUAUGCAUGUGUGUAUGUGCAAGAGUGUGGGGGUGUGUGUGAGGGAGUGUGUAUAACAAGUGUGUGUGUGUAUAUGUGUGUGCUCACUCUUGCACUCUUCCCUUCCUGGAGGAGAGGCUCUCCUCUUCAGCGAUCGGCAAGGGCCAUCUUGAAUUUGUCAAGCUGUCACUUUUCUGGACCUGACAAUGUUUCGUAAGAAGAAAAAGAAGAGGCCAGAGAUCUCGGCACCAAAGAACUUUGAGCACCGGGUGCACACCUCUUUUGAUGCUAAACGAGGCUGCUUCGUGGGCCUGCCAACCCAAUGGCACAGUUUGAUAGAGAACCUCCGCAGGCCCAAGCCUAUGGUGGACCCCUCCCGGAUCACCCCAGUUGAGCUCAAUCCAAAGAAGACCAUUGUGCGUGGGAGUAUGAUCGGCCAUGGAGACUACAUCUCAGCCAUGAUCUCCGACAUGAGCAGGCUGUCCGUGACCAGCUCCAACUCCCUAAGGAAGAGCAGCCCUUCAGGCAGGAAGAGGGCCCAGUCCCUUGGCAGGCUGGGGGAGGUGAAGGAGGGGGAUACCUACCAGUAUGAAGACCUGGGAGAGGAUGACAUGGAGCAGCAGCAGUGGAGGGACAGGGCUCAUAACAUCCACAGUGAGAGUGGGAUGCCCCAAAUGGGCAUGAAGAAGAGCAUCACCCUGCAGCCCAACGGGGAUCUUCCCAGGGCUAAGUCCACCUACGAGGUGAGUGUCAGCUCUCUAGAGGGACCCCCGGUUCCAUCCCAGCCCAUACAGGUGCCUAUUAAAGGGGCUUAUAUCAGCUGUGAGGUGGGCAGUCCCACAGAGAGACUGAUGGUGAGGAGAGACUUCCAGGUGCCGAGGGUUAUGCCACACAACCAGAGGCCCUUCUCAUGCUUCUACAACCCAGCCAUGGCUGUCCAGCACCCCCAUCCUGACCAUGGGCGUCACCCCCCUCCGGAGUACCGCACCAACCUCUACAUCCACUCCCACAACAGCCCUAGCAGACCAUACUCCUCCUACGACCUGAAGGCAGAGUCGGCUCUGAGGCACCACCAGUCAGGCUUCCUACCCAGCACCCCCAGCAGUCCCUUCAUGAGUGGCAUCAGACCCCACAGGACAGUGCGCUCUUCAGCCAGCUACACCCUGGGACUGUCUCCCAACAUGGGCCUGAGACUCAAUGGGCCUGACCCUUUUUUGAGACACUCAGGGUGCCCUAAUGCUCCCUUCCCCAGGCAGGACAGCCCCUCCCAGCCGGCCCUCCCCCACCGGCUCCCUGGCCACCAGCCCCCAGGCACAUGCUCCCCUGCUUUCAGACCCCCUCAGCACCCCCAGAGGCCGCCACCAGACCCCCCCAGGGUGACCCAUGAACAGUUUAAGGCUGCCCUGCAGAUGGUGGUAGACAAGGGAGACCCUCGGUCGUACCUGGAGAACUUUGUGAAGAUUGGAGAAGGGUCCACAGGGGUGGUGUGUAUCGCUCGGGAGAAACACAGUGGCAGGCAGGUGGCCGUGAAGAUGAUGGACCUGCGGAGACAACAGCGAAGAGAGCUGCUUUUCAACGAGGUGGUGAUCAUGAGGGACUACCAGCACAGGAACGUGGUGGAGAUGUUUAAGAGUGCCCUGGUGGAGGAGGAGCUCUGGGUCAUCAUGGAGUACAUAGAGGGUGGAGCACUAACCAACAUCGUGUCUGAGACCAGGCUGAGUGAGGAGCAGAUAGCCACAGUGUGUGAGGCUGUGCUGCAAGCCCUGGCCUACCUUCACUCCCAGGGAGUCAUCCACAGGGACAUCAAGAGUGACUCCAUACUGCUAACACUGGAUGGGAGGAUCAAGCUGUCAGACUUUGGGUUCUGUGCACAGAUCAGUAAGGACAUUCCCAAGAGGAAGUCUUUAGUAGGAACACCCUACUGGAUGGCUCCGGAGGUCAUCUCUAAAUCUCCAUACAGCACUGAGGUGGAUGUGUGGUCUCUGGGCAUCAUGGUAGUUGAGAUGGUGGACGGAGAGCCCCCCUACUUCAGUGAGACCCCCGUUGCAGCCAUGAGAAGACUGAGGGAUGAGCCAGCUCCCACCGUACGGAACACAACCCAGGUAUCCCCGGUGUUGAAAGACUUCCUGAACCGUAUGUUGACCCGGGACCCAGUGGAGAGGGCCAGCGCCACAGACCUGCUAGAACACCCCUUCCUCCUGCAGAGCGGCUCCCCGCAGUGCCUGGUGCCCCUGGUGGAGCAGUACCGCAAGCGCAUGUCUCACUGCUGAUCCCAUGGUGGACCCUGAUCCCUGAUUACUACUGUACCCACCCUGAGUGUGAUCUGCCCAGGCCCAACCCACCCAGCACCCACCCCAGUGUGGGAGCAGCACCAGAGAGCAGAUCCAGACCCAGAGAUCCUGGUGCUGUUACAGAGCUCAUGGCAUCAGGCCUGUAGGCUUGGUAAACAAUGGCACAGCAUGGGCCUAGAGACCUACUGUAAGAAGCACUUUAGCAGUGAGUUGGUGUAGUGAAACAGUAGCAUGCAAACAAACAGUAUUCCUAACUCAUUUCAGCAACGUCUGGUUCUACCUGUGAUAGACAACAUCCAAUGGGAUUCCUCCCGACACAACACCAAUCUAGCCUUGGUACAUUAUAUACAGACUUGAAAUCCAAGGGAACUGUAAACUGCAUUGUGAACUUUUACUGUAAUUGAGCAGUUUCCCAUUGUAGUGUUUGGAUAAUAGUGAAUUUUCAGCUUGUGCUAUAGACUCAAGUUAUGGUAGCUCAUGACUUGGAGAGAAGCUUGAUGUUACAUACCUCUACAACCAUAUGGGACACUGACUGAAGUUCACCUUGUCAGUAAACAAUUUGCAUGGCCAAAUGAAGGCAGACCUGGCCUGAUCAGAAUGUUUAAAACAUGCUACUAUGAGAGACCUGCCGCCAGUAUCACCAUGACAAAUGUGUAGAUGAGGGGAUGUUUGUUCGUUUUUUAUUGUGCUCAAGCAAUCAUUUUCCUUUUAAUAUUUAUUCUAUUUUGCUUUCCCGAAAAGUGUUGUGAAUGGUUUGUAACGUGAAAUUGCAAAUAAGUUUUCAGUUUAGAAUAUCAACUUGAAAUGUAGCAGAUGAACAAAUAAUGUAAAUACAUCCUGUAUAUUAGGACUUACUUGCAGAGCCACUGUACUUACACUACCGCUCAAAAGUUUGGGGUCACUUAGAAAUGUCCUUGUUUUCCAUGAAAACAUACAUGAAAUGAGUUGCAAAAUGAA